AGUAUGCAAUUGAGAUUCUCUCUGAGUCAUUCCAGAGGAGGGAGUGUCUCAAGAACAGAAUGGCUUCCAGAUCAUUUUCUCCGAAGGAGGAUCUCUCCUGUCCUAUUUGCCGUGAGAUCUUCAAGGAUCCUGUGGUCCUGUCGUGUAGCCACAGCGUCUGUAAAGCCUGUCUGCAGGAAUACUGGAAACAGAGGCGAUCUCGGGAAUGUCCAGUGUGCAGGAAGAGAAGCAAUUCAAAAGGCAAUCCUCCCUGUAACCUGGUCUUAAAGAACCUGUGUGAGGCAUUCUUACAGGAGAGGAGUCGGAGAGAUUCAGGGGAGUCUGAGGAGCGCUGCAAUCUGCACAACGAGAAACUCAAGCUCUUCUGUCUGGAUGAUAAACAGCCCAUCUGUGUGGUGUGCCAGGCCUCCAGAAAACACAAAAACCACAACUGCUGCCCUAUAGAUGAAACUGCACAGUGUCAAAAGGAGGAACUCCAGACUUUCCUGAAGCCCUUACAGGAGAAGCUGGAUGUCUUUAAUAAAGUUAAACAAACCUGUGACCAAACAGUAAAACACAUUAAGAACCAGGCCCAGCACACAGAGAUGAUGAUUAAAAAAGAUUUUCAGAAGCUCCACCAGUUUCUACGAGAGGAAGAGGAGGUGAGGAUAGCUGUUCUGAGGGAGGAAGAGGAGCAGAAGGGUCAGAUGAUGAAGGAGAAAAUUGAGGAGAUGACCAGAGAGAUAUCAUCACUUUCAGACACAGUCAGAACCAUAGAGGAGGAGCUGAAAGCUGAAGACAUCUCGUUUCUGCAGAACUACGAGGCCAUAGUGAAAAGAACCCAGUGCACACUGCCGGAUCCACAGCUGGUCUCAGGAGCGCUGAUAGACGUGGCCAAACACCUGGGAAACCUGCAGUUCAGAGUCUGGGAGAAGAUGCAGGGGAUUGUGAAAUACAGUCCUGUCACUCUGGACCCUAACACUGCCCACCCAGGUCUCAUCCUAUCUGAGAAUCUGACCAGUGUGAAAUGCAGCAAUGAGAAACAGAAGCUUCCUGAUAACCCAGAGAGGUUUGAUUACUAUGUAUGGAUCUUGGGUUCUGAGGGCUUUAACUCAGGGACACACAGCUGGGACAUUGAGGUUGGGAACAAUACAUUCUGGUCACUGGGUGUGAUACAAAAGUCUGUCCAGAGGAAGGCAGCAGUUAAGACUGGACACUGGCGAUUCUGGCACUUCAAAGAUAAAUAUGGUGCAUUUUCCCCGCCAGAAUCAACCAGUGUACUCCCAGUGGCACAGAAACCACAGAGGAUCAGAGUGCAGCUGGACUGGGAUAAAGGAAAACUGUCAUUCUCUGACCCUGAUAAUAACACAUGUUUAUACACUAUUACACAUACUUUCACUGAGAGAGUCUUUCCAUUCUUGGGUAGUUACUGCAAGCUCUCCCCUCUGAGAAUCGUACCAGUGAAGGCCUCUGUAAAAGUACAGCAUAGUUAGAAUCUCUGUCUAGUGCAACAGCACUUCUGAUGACAUUUAUUGAUUAUGAUACGUGUGUCACUAUAGGUUUAUAGGUCAAAAUUCAUCUUACAAAUCAACUCAAUUAUAUUUUAUAAUGAACAUAAAUUGUUGUUUGACAGUGAAAUGAAUUGAAUGUUAAAGGUAAUUGAGCUGUAUGAGUGUAAACCCCUUUUUCUUGAUCAACCAUGUCACAGUACACUACCAUCGCCCUUCCCCUCCAUGUUUCUGCUCAUCUUUAAAGUCUACUUGACAGUCAGUCACACUUAACCGUAUAUUCAUUUUAACAUUAUUUGGGAAGUUUAACCAUUAGACGCUUUUGUUCUGGAGGAUGCCAGAUGGGCUGGAAAACUGAUGGCUGCUGGGAAGGAUAAUGAUUCCUAUCUGGCUCAAAGAACCAUGAAAAAGAGUGCAAUCUAGUGGUGUGUUGUCUCAGAGAGAGGUGUUGAUUUAUUUUAGAACAACCAACCCAGGUCCUUGGUGCUGCUGCCUGCCUAUUGGUGAGUGGGACGAGUACAGAGAGUGUUCAUACUGUAGGGAUGUGAGCUGACCGAUGCCUGGUCAGUGAGGACUAGGUAUAUAUGAAGUGUCUUGGCAGUUGCAUCCCUAUGGUUGGCGCGGCUCCAGGUGGUUUGACCUGUUUGGAGACAACGGGAGCCCACACCCACCCUGACCAGCGCUGUAGGGUUUGAACCUCAGCAGAGCAGGCCGACUCUGGCUGAGAGAGAAGGAGCUGUUAAACUAAACGUGAGGUAUUCUACCCACCCUGUGUAUUGUAAAUUAUUUGUAAGGCCUAUUGUAUGUAUUUUUAUUACCAGUAAUUCUCUAUAAUAAAAUUUGACAAAAACA